CAGGAGGAGUCUUCCUCUUUUCACUCUCAGCAUUGUUAGUUCGUUCUCUCUGAGUGUUUGCAAUAAGUUUGAUCCAACUUCUCUGUGGAGGGAGCAGAAGCACUUGUCCUGAUCGUGAAAUAAUACACUUCAACACAAAGCCUUUCAUCACUGAAGGGCAACAGGUAAAUCCACCUUCCAGUGAUUUCAUCAGGAGCUUUGGAGCAGGUCUUUGUUUCAUGAUGAAUGUGUCUGAGACAAUGGAAACAGAGGAGGAUCUCCUAACAUGUCUCCACAUCAAGCUUUAUCACCCUCAGCAGAAUUGUAAGGGCCUGUACAGCCUGCUUCGUCUGGGGAACAGAAGCAGACACUCAGCAGAUGACCCCUUCAGGCUGGGACGUGACACCCAGGCCUGCACUUUUGGCCUGUUCGACGCCAGGGUGUCUCGCAAACAGCUGGCCCUCCAUGCCUACCGAAAACCCCAGAGCCCGGACAUGUUGUUCACCAUCCAGAACUUGAGUCAGAGGGGGCAACUGUCGGUGAACGGCUCAGUGCUGGGCUACCUGGAAAGGAUGGACCUCCCAGACAAGGCCCUGAUCCGGUUUGGAGAGUACGAGAUGCUGAUCGUCCGUGAGUCUGGCGAGGCCAAGGGGAGCUUCGAGGUGGAGUUUGAGGUGCUGGCAGUGCCUCCAUCUAGAGAGACUUGCAUGUGUGUGCCCACCAACACACCUGUCAUGGACACGGGCUCGUAUGUGACGAGCACUUUCCAGGCUGAGCUCAGAGCACAUUUCCCCCUGGAGACUGAUGAGACUCUCUUAUGCCAUACAGGGUGAGCCAUUGCUGCUCUUUUAGAUGUUCUGACUCUUUACUUCAUUUACUUGUAUUAAAAGUACUGUGUAGUUGUGACAUUAGUAUCCAAGCAGGCUUAGAUAAGAUCCCUCUCAGUAAUGUGAAAUCAUUGUAUUAUUUUGUACUGUAUGUCUAUUACUCCUUGCCCACAGAUGAAAAAGCUGUGGUCUUUGUAGCACUGUCUUUUAGUGUAAAUGUUAUUAAGAUGUUUCUUUCUACAUUUCAACCUGAGCACAUUAAAGUGUUUUUUGUUAACAUUU